GAGGUACCCUGGCACUGAAAUCAUAGCGCCAAAUUUUCACCCCUGGGACAGUAAUUACAGAUUAUGCAAAUGCUGGAUGAAAUUAACAAAUGCAAAAGAAUACUUUGGAAAGCGUUUGAUGCCCAAAUCGAGGCUGGAGCCGUGCCAACCCAUUCCUUUCUGAUCACCUGACCCGUCGAAGACCGGAUCAUGUGACCGGUGUUCCAUCUCGGCCAUUUUGAGCAGAGUGUGAAAGGAGUCUGUUUUUUACUGCAUAGGGAAAGGAUUAAAGUCUUUAAUUUACGGAGGCCAAAGAUCAGCAAGAAUUGCUUUACUGGACCAGUAUGGAGGAGGGCAGCAGUAUUUCUGUGCUGGUGCCACACAGCAGGGGGCAAGAAGCACUUCUAAUACCUGACAGGGUUGUGGGCUCCCGGUUGCAGGACAACGAUGGCAAACAAAAACAGAAAGCUACUGACUCUCUCAUCCAGGUCAUAGAAAAACUGAGCAAGAUAGUGGAAAACAAAAGGAAGAGGAGAUGUACCCUAGCGGGCAAGAAGCACCCUCACCUGUAUCAAGCUGUGGUUCUCGAGACCAAAGAGAACUGCGAAAUCCCAGCAAAAAUGGCAAAAGACGCGGACACACUUAAGCAAAAUGCACAAUCUGUUGUGCAGGAGGAAUACUAUUUAUCAGAGGACCCGCAGGAUACCUGUAGCAGGACAGUCACUUGCUACCAGUGCAGCCUCUGCAAAUUAAUUUCCCCAACCCUGCCUCUGUUGAAGGAGCACAUAAGACUACAUGACCGUCAAAAUGAGGUCAUAUUGAUGUGCUCCGAAUGCUGCUUCAUGUCCAAGCGGCAAGAGGAACUAGAAGCCCAUGUCAAGAUUCACGUAGAUACUGAGGAGACGCACACAAGUGUAGUGCAACAUCAUGGGCUUCAGAAUCUGAAUCUCUCAGCGGCAGCCAGGAAAGGUUUCACAUACGCAGGGGGCCUUGGAGGCUUGCAGAUUAACAUGGAAGACGAAGAGGUCAAAGGAAAUCUGGAGAGUUCAGUGGGAGACCAUGUGAAAAAAAAAUGGUACACGUAUGAGCAGUAUGGCGUGUACAGAUGCUUGAUCUGUAGCUACACCUGCGGUCAGCAGAGAAUGUUGAAGACACACGCAUGGAAGCAUGCCGGCGAAGUCGAUUGCUCCUACCCUAUAUUCGAAGACGAAUCAGAGCCUGCUAGUGUACCUGCAGAGCCACUGCCUCAGGCUGAUGAAGCUGUUGUUGUGCUGGCUAAAGUAAGCAAACCAGCAGACCUCUACGGCAUUCCUCCGUUUCAACUACAGUUUUGCACCUCUGCUACAGGCGACAGUGGAAAGCCUAUUCUUGGCCAGACUGUUCAAGAAACCUCGGAGGAAGUGUGUCUACCGAAGGUCACAAGCGCAACAUCCCAGGAGGAAGUAGUUGAGGAACAGGCCGUUUCCGAUUUGGAACAGGAUAACGCCACCUCAGAUAGCCUUCUCUCUUCGGCGCAAAAGAUAAUCAGCUGCAGCCCCAACAGAGUAGGACAUGUCAAUGUCAUAGUGGAGCGUCUUCCAGGAGCUGAAGAAGUAGGAGCCAGCAAGCAGUUCCUUAUGAGCCCCGACAUUGACAUCGAGAAGAGGCUCAUCUCUGAUGAGCCUGAGAUGACUUAUUACGAGGACGCUGCAGAGGUUUAUAAUGCCAGCAAAGGUACUGCUGCUGUCGAAGAGGUGGUCAUAGAUUGGUGCAACAAUGAGAGACAGUGCGAGGGCGAGGAGGCUAAAGAAUCGACAGCGGUUGAUGAAAAUGCCCCCCCGGUCCGGAGAAGGACACAUUCCGAGUCGUUGAGGUUGCACUCCUUGGCUGCCGAAGCGCUUGUUGCUAUGCCCACAAGAACUCCGGUGGCCAGUAUUAAAAGCAUUGUUGAGUUGAGCACGGAGAGCCCUGAUACUAGUCAAAGAUACAUCGAUAUAACCAAUUCAGUCCAACACAAAGUAAUAUCUGCUAUUAAUAACACUUCAGAGGAUUUUGCCGAUUUGAAACGGGCCGGUACUGCACUGGUCGACUUGGAAUUGCAGAAGGCCAAGCAUGGGCUGUCGGAGGUGCCGGUCAGAAUGGGAAUCAGCAUGUCACUGCUCACGGUGAUUGAGAAGCUGAGAGAACGGACUGAUCAGAACACCUCAGAUGAAGAUAUUUUGAAGGAGUUGCAGGAUAAUGUGCAGUGCCAACCGAGUGGCGACGCAAGUUUGCCAGGGGGCAACCUGGUGGAGUAUAUUCCGGAAAGUGAUCGGCCGUACCGGUGCCGUUUGUGCCUCUACACCAGUGGCAACAAGGGCUACAUCAAACAGCAUCUGAGGGUACAUAGACAGAGGCAGCCUUAUCAGUGUCCCAUAUGUGAACACAUUGCAGAGGACAGCAAGGAUCUCGAGAACCACAUGAUCAAUCACUGCAAGACCAGAAUGUACCAUUGCAAGCAGUGUGAAGAAACCUUUUAUUACAAGAGCCAACUGAGGAGUCACGAACGAGAACAACAUGGGCUGCCCGAUACUUUGCCUGCUCUGUCAUCUGUUAAUGAGAGCACCGUGUCUGAAGAUAAAUACACAGAAGAAGAUCUGGCCUCUACCCAGAAAGUCUAUAAGUGUGAUGUUUGUGAUUACACAAGCUCGACAUACAUUGGUGUUCGGAACCACAGAAGAAUACACAACUCUGAUAAGCCAUACAGGUGCAGCAGCUGUGACUUCGCCACAACAAACAUGAACAGUCUAAAAAGCCAUAUGAGACGCCAUCCACAGGAGCAUCAAGCAGUACAGCUAAUGGAACAGUACCAAUGCUCGCUCUGUGGAUAUGUAUGUAGCCACCCCCCUUCUUUGAAGUCUCAUAUGUGGAAGCACGCUGGUGAUCAAAAUUAUAACUAUGAGCAAGUAAACAAGGCUAUUAAUGAAGCAAUUUCACAAAGCAGCAGGUCUCAGUGCCCUGUACCGAAACAGAGUGAUCCCAUUGAGAGAGCUGUCUCUGGACUAGCAGAGAAGUCGACGCUGGAUCCUGAAACGCCAUCCUUGGCUUCGGAGGAGGACACAAGAGUUACAGAACCAUCACAGGUAUCCAGCUCUACAACAAAAACCAGCUCAGAAAAAAGCGGGAGCCAGUCCCGGGCAGGAAUGGAGUACUGUGUCCUGCUUUUCUGCUGCUGUAUCUGUGGGUUUGAAUCGACCAACAAGGAGCACCUGAUGGAGCAUAUGAAGAAGCACGAGGGCGAGAUCAUUAACAUCAUUCUGAACAAGGAACGAAGCUCCCAGGAGCCCCAGCGCAGCACGCAGUAGACUACAAUGCACUGCUUCAGCUUUAUACAAAACCAGGCAGGUUACAUCUGUUUUUUUUUUUAAUAAGACUUUUUAGGUGUAUCUGUUUUGUUUGCAGAGCUUUCCUGUUGAGGCUGGGUAAUGCAGACCAGCUUCACGUCAAUAUUGUUUGUUUUUUUUCUUCAUAAUAUCGUUGUUUGGAUUUGUUUUUUACAGUGUAUUCAAAACUUGACAAGCUUACUGUUUUUCAUUUCUGAAAACAAUACAAGAUUGACCUCUUUCCAUAGCUGGGCUGGCUAUACUUUUAUUGUGUACUGAUUCUAGACUUCCACUCAACAAAGAGAGCAGUUCAGAUUUUGAAAAUGAACUUCUAGAUUUAAAAUUGAAAUUCAGACAUUCAAAAUGUUGAAGAUUAAACUGCAAUCUUUUAUAUUUGUAUAGUUUUGGUGUAAUUUAAAAGAAAAAAAGUAAAAAGUUUUCUUCAUGAAACCAGCUACUCAUUGUAAAAAAAACAGCUAUGUUAAUAAGCAAUUAUAUAUAUAUAUAUAUAUAUAUAUAUAUUUUUUUUUUUUUUAAGUUGACAAAGGCAGCUUUUGACAGGUGACUAACAUAGACUAGGCAAUGUCGGGUUGUACGCCAGCUGUACAAAUCUCAUACAAAAAAUGCGGAUUGUGUAUUUCAGUGAUUUAGUGUGUAAAUACCUUGGUAUUUAUUAUUUAUUUUCUAUUUAUGCAUGUAGUUUUCAAAACAAUGUAAACAAUCCACCUUUGCAUUGUCUUCGUGGUGCUAUUCAGUUGUUAAGACAUCAUGCCAGGGAUCCUUGACCUAAAGAUAUAUCUGUACACACACUGCACCUGUGCUGCAACCUGUAGUAUUUUCUUUUAGAAUAGUUUUGUUUAAUUUAAGUAUUUAAAUUCUUAAAUAGACAGUUUAUUGUAGUUGGCAAACUGCAAGUAAUGCUUUCUGUUAAAGUUAUAUUAAAUAGCACAUGUUUAGUAUAGAGAUUUAAUAAACUAUUGAUUCCGUUAAGGAGUGGAAUACUCUUUUCAAGAAGCAUUUCAUUUCUAAAAAAUAUAUACAGUAGGCAUAUAUAUAUAUAUAUAUAUAUAUAUAUAUAUAUAUAUAUACACACACAAAUAAAAAUGCAUUCUCUCGUUCUCUUCAGAAUUAUAUGCUGUAUUAAAAAAAAAAAAUACCAGCAAAAAAUACAUUUAAUCCAAAUAAAAUUGACAAAAUGAUGUAUUAUUGGUGCUCUUAACUCACAUUUGCCUUGGCAAUACUGAUACUUUUUGUUAUUGAUUUUUCAGAGUCACUUAGAUUGACUGUUACUUUGCAGGUGCAUUGCGAUGGGCCUAAAUUGUUAAACAGCAAUCUUGCUUGACCAUCUGAAAUAUUCUAGUUGGUACUACCAUAUUCUUGUGUGUAGUAUGUGAUACAAUAUUAGUUUAUUAAGUUGUGAAUGCCAUUCAUUUACUUAGGGUACUGAAUUGAACCAGCCACCAAGUUUCUUCCAGUAACCCAUGUAAAUUCAAAUCGGCCUUUAAUAUUUAUCUUAGCGACCUAUUAAUUAAACCCAAUGUGGAGAGGGUAUAAACUGUUUAAUCCCCAUUUUAUUUCAGUCUUUCGAUCCUUCCAAGCUUUCGCAUGUUUCUGCUUUCCAAUAAUGCACACUUUAAAUCCACUUUUCUCUAGCUAAUGAAUACAAUCAUCGUUCCAUGAAACAUUUAUUAUUAUUAUUAUUAUUAUUAGUUUAUUUAGCAGACGCCUUUAUCCAAGGUGACUUACAGAGACUAGGGUGUGUGAACUAUGCUGAGGUGGGAUUUGAACCAGGGACCUCCUGGUUACAAGCCUGUUUCUUUAACCACUGGACCACACAGCCUCCUGCGAAAUGCAGCAUGCUUUGCAGAAAGUAAAAGUAGCUGGAGGUUAAAGUGAAGAGGGUUUAUGUUUGCAAUAUGGUUUAUUAGAAACCCCCAAGAACUGUUUUGCUUUUGGUAAUGCAAAGACACUAAUUGUUGUACUUUUGAGAUUUACCAUUGAGUGUUGUAGUCUUGAGCAAAGGCUUGAAUCCACAAAUGUUUGCAGCUUUUUUCCUUUAUCUUGACCACAGUGGAGUACAGACUUUAGCUUAAUUGCAUUUGUUUCUGCUGACUGGACCUUAACAAGAAAAGAAAAGGUACAAUGACAUUUCGAACCCUUUUUGGGGAUGUGCUUUUAUUUUACAUGGUAUAUUUUAAAUAUAUAGGUUUCAUUUAAUAAGACGCAAUAUUUUAAGUGGCCAUUCUUGUGAUUGGCUUUGAACCUGGCGAACCUGCUACAUCCAUAAAUCUUCCUAAAUAUUUGCAUCACAAUAUGUAAAAUGAAGCACACUGAAUUAGAUUUUUGGUUGAAACUGAAAAGUAGCUUGUGCUAUGACACAGAAAUAUUGCAGUCGUUAAGCUGUGUGUGUUCAGUUUUACAAAGUUCCCCCACACAUUAAUUUAGCAUCUGUAGUCCUUGAGAACGCAGUGUGAUUUUUAUAUAGAAAUGCUCAUAAAUUGCAACUGAUCCUUUUUCUUUUUUUUUGACUGUUCAAAUAAACAUAUUAAAAAAAAAAAAAA